AUGGUCACGACAUCCGGCUUCUCUAAUGCGCCUGUCUCACGAUUCCUGAUCCUUGGCUGCAUCUGCACCAGCAUCCUCUCCUCGGUUCUGGGCAUCAAACACCUCCUCCCCAUUAAACCCUGGCCUCACCUCUGGCCGUACCUGCAGUUCUCGCGGCUCCUGACAUUUCAGACCGCCUACACAUCGUCAACAGAGCUACUGUUCUCCGUCGCCCUCUUAUACCAGUUCCGCGUGCUUGAACGACUCUGGGGCAGUCGCAAGUAUGCGAGUUUCAUAGUGGUUUCUUUUUGGCUGCAUGUCCUGCUUGUCCCAGCGCUCUCUCUAGUCCUGAAAACAGCCACUCUCGGCGUCUACAACUACGUUCCCUCGGGCUUGACUGCUGUGGUGUUCGCGGCUUUGAGUGUCUGGGGAGACGAGAUCCCACGGCUAUACCGGUACAAGAUCGUCACAGGCACCGGCACGACGUCAACGUCUGCUGGCAGCGAUGCUACCCAAGCACACCAAGUGCCCGGGAUUGUCCUGAGCGACAAAUCCACGACCUAUGUCCUUGCUGCUCAGCUGGCGUUGAGCCAGUUUCCAUACCAGUUGAUGCCGGCUGCAGUGGGAUGGGUGGUAGGAAGUGCUUGGAUGGGAGAGCUGUUGCCCGGCAAGCUGAACAGGUGGAGGGUCCCGUCAUGGAUGGUGGGGGAGACAAGCAAAAGGAAACAACGUGGGCAGUAUGAAGGGUUGAGGAGGAGACUGGAGGAGGAAGGGAGCUCGGCGGAUGGAAUGAGAAAUGUUAGUGACAAUGUGCAUGCCGGACAAGAUGAUGGACGGAGAGGAUUUGGGAGGCAGAUCAUGGGAUAUUUCACAGGGUCUUGA